GUUCAAGGCCAGCCUGGACGACUUAGUGAGAUCCUGUCUCAGAAUAAAAUUUAGAAAAAGGCUGAGGGUAUAGCAGUGGAAGAGCACACGUCCAGCAUGUGGGAGGCCCUGGGUUUGAUCCCAGUAUAGGAAAAACUAAUCCCUGUCUUCAUGGAGCAGUGCAUCCAAAACAGGUUGGAACCUUUUUCAAAUCCAGAUUCUGACCUAGUGGCCUGUGUAGGGUGUAAGGAUCUACAUUUUAGCAAAUCCCAAGGUGAGGCAGAUACUAUUGCUUUGAGUAGCAAGGGGGCUAGAGUGGGGUAUAAGUUACUCUAUCAAAAAAAGAAAUAUGAAUUUGUUAAAAGCAGGUGAAAAGAGACCAUUCCAUGAGGAAGCUGGAAAGGAAAUGAACUAACUUCUGGAAAGGAAAGCAAAGCAAAGCUGGAGAGUUAGGCAUCUGGUAUCUUCUCCCAGACCAGGAGCUGGGGGAUUCUUUAAACAUCUUUGUGCCCCUAAAAGCUGAGCUCAGCUUGGCAUUUCGUAGGUAUUUUGCAAGCAUGGGUUGAACAGAGGAAAAUGGGCUCAGGCUGAAGCUCAGCAUUAUUGGAGACCCCAUUAGUGACUACAGGGAGCCAACUCCUGCACAGCGGGCAAGCACCAUGUUCAGCAGAGUCUUGAAACAGUUACUUAUUGGGGUACAUCGGGGCACUAGGGGCCCGAGUGAUCUGUGACAAUAUUCCUGGUUUGGUGAGCCGGCAGCGGCAGCUGUGCCAGCGUUACCCAGAUAUCAUGCGCUCAGUGGGUGAAGGCGCCCGAGAAUGGAUCCGAGAGUGUCAGCACCAGUUCCGCCAUCACCGCUGGAACUGUACCACGCUGGACCGGGACCAUACUGUCUUUGGCCGUGUUAUGCUCAGAAGUAGCCGGGAGGCAGCAUUCGUAUAUGCCAUUUCAUCAGCAGGGGUAGUCCAUGCUAUCACUCGUGCCUGUAGUCAGGGUGAACUGAGUGCGUGUAGCUGUGACCCCUAUACUCGUGGUCGACACCAUGACCAACGCGGAGACUUUGACUGGGGUGGCUGCAGUGACAACAUCCACUAUGGUGUCCGAUUUGCCAAGGCUUUUGUGGAUGCCAAGGAGAAGAGGCUUAAGGAUGCCCGGGCCCUCAUGAACUUACAUAACAACCGCUGUGGCCGCACGGCUGUACGGCGAUUUCUGAAGCUGGAGUGUAAGUGCCAUGGUGUGAGUGGCUCCUGUACUCUACGUACAUGCUGGCGUGCACUUUCAGACUUCCGCCGCACAGGAGAUUACCUGCGGCGACGCUACGAUGGGGCUGUGCAGGUGACAGCCACCCAAGAUGGUGCCAACUUCACAGCAGCCCGCCAAGGCUAUCGCCGUGCCACCCGUACCGAUCUUGUCUACUUUGAUAACUCCCCAGACUACUGUGUCUUGGACAAGGCUGCAGGUUCCCUAGGCACUGCAGGCCGUGUCUGUAGCAAGACAUCUAAAGGAACAGAUGGUUGUGAAAUUAUGUGCUGCGGCCGAGGGUAUGACACAACUCGAGUCACUCGUGUCACCCAGUGUGAGUGCAAAUUCCACUGGUGCUGUGCUGUGCGGUGCAAGGAGUGCAGAAACACAGUGGAUGUUCACACUUGCAAGGCCCCCAAGAAGGCAGAGUGGCUGGACCAGACCUGAAGACAUAGAUACCUCACUCAUCCCUCUACUUCAAGCCUCGCAACUCAAAAGCACAAGAACCUUGCAUGCACACCUUCCUCCACCCUCAACCCUGGGCUGCUACAGCUUCUAUUUAAAGACUUGGAGAGUAAUCCAGAGGGACCAUGGUGUCCCAGCUGGUUCCUUAGCCCUGGGAAGGAGUUGAUAGGGAAUAUAAGAAACAGUGGCUCGCUGGCUUCCCCUCUGUAGAUUUGAAGGGAGAGUAGAAGAGGUGUAGGGGGUCUUCAGAGUGAUCUGAGUUGCACUAAAGUACCAGUUUUCAAGGUCAAGGCUCAUUUUUUCCUUUCUUUGCACUGGUUUCCUAAUACUUCUUUGGUGUGCAAGAGAAAGGAUCCCUAGAGACCUUUUAAUCCUGCCCUGGCUGAGGAUAGAUAGGGCAGAGAUGAAACCACAUGCCCUUCCCAGGAGAGACUCUGAGAAGAUAUUCUGGUACCCAAAAGAUAAGGAUAACACUGUAUCAUGGAGAGAAUGAAUGCUAGACACAAGUUCAGCAGUUUAUAAACUGUUGCGUUUUAGAGGGGGAAAAUCAUGUAACAUACAAACAUACAUUCUCUCUUUUCUACAUAUACCAGAUAGCACUGCCUCUUUUGCUUAUUUGCUGCCUGCUCAAACGGGUGGCGUACAGUGGGUUCCCAUGCCUAACAGUCUCCAUACUAGGAGAGAAUAAUUUAGUAAGGCUAAGCAGGCCCAAGGAUUCCCCCUCCAUUAUUCUGAAGGUUAGCUGGGUUUGAGAAACACAGUAAAAGAUAGUUACUCAUGAAAAGUGAGAGAGGUAAGCAGACUUGAUCUUAAGGGCCACAUGAGGCCAGUGUAUACUAGGAAUAUAGGGAUCUCUGGCUUUGGUAAUGUUUUGUUUUUUUGUUUGUUUGUUUUUUGAGAUAGGGUCAUCCUGUGUUGCCCAG